UCCCAAAGCGCAGGCUCGUCGACCCCUGGGGUGACCCAUGCAGAACUAGGGUCUGAUUGUGAAAUUGUGGUAAAGAUACGGGAUGCAGCGAUACGCAAGGAACUCCGUCAAAGUAGGCCAAUUGACAUUGUAAAGAGAGCUGAACGAGCGAGAGUGCAGGCAGCGAAAAAGAUACAAAUCCUCACUCUUGCUGGCCACUGCUUUAUUGCCGCACGUCAGCUACCCUCUGGGGACCUCAGCCUGCGGGCAGGCCAUGCCGCCGGGGCUGAGGUGCUGAGAAAGCAUGCCAACGUGUGGGUGAAAGCGUUCGGGGGCGAUGCGUACAUUAGGACGCCCACUUGGGGGGUUGUGGCUCGCGGGGUUAACACUAAGUCGCUAUCUUUGACCAAAGAGACCAUGGGGGAUAUCAUUACCAGGCUCGUGGCUCAGAAUCAGCAUACCUGGGGGUUGACAGCCAGCGUUGUUCAUGUGAGUUGGCUGACCCGGCCAUACGAGGGAAAGCGCGAGGGAUCACUGGUUAUUGAGUUCACAAGCCCUCUCGCUGCAAACGAGGCGAUCCGGCAGGGCACCAUCUGGGAAGCACAGAGCCACGACACCAUAAUCUUCUGCAAGGAAGGACGGUGUAAGAUGUGCGCCAAGUGCCAAAAAUUCGGGCAUAUCCACGCUCAAUGCCCAUCCAAUAGCCACGUGUGCGGCACCUGUGCCGGCGGACAUCCGUCCUGGGAAUGUCCGUCCACCAGGGGUGAGAAAGUUGAUCCCAAGUGCGCUAACUGUAAGGGAGAUCAUAAGGCGUCAAGCGCAAAGUGCGCAGAGAAAAGGAAAGCGCUAGAUCGUGCAAAAGAAGCCAUUAUCAACUGCGAACCUCUCCACCGGAUUCCGGACUACAUGAAG